CCACACUUCCUAACACUCCUAUAUAUGGACACUAGAUGUCACUAAUUCUUUGGUGUCUCAACAACACAAAGUCCAAAACUUCAUCACCACCCACAAUUCAAUGGCUGCUCUACAUGAUUCCUCUAAUUCAAGCAUUGUAGUGUUGGUUUUGAUGAUCAUAUCACUUGCAAUGGCCAGCAAUUUUUACCAAGAUGUUGAUAUAACAUGGGGAGAUGGUCGCGCUAAGGUACUCAACGGUGGCAAUCUUGUUACUCUUUCUCUUGAUAGAGGCUCUGGGUCGGGUUUCCAAUCCAAGAAUGAGUAUCUUUAUGGAAAGUUCGAUAUGCAAAUCAAGCUCGUCUCUGGUAAUUCUGCAGGCACUGUCACAGCCUACUAUUUGAAAUCACGAGGGUCAACAUGGGAUGAGCUAGACUUCGAAUUCUUAGGCAAUUUGAGCGGCGAUCCUUAUACAAUCCACACGAAUGUAUACACCAAUGGCAAAGGAGAUAGAGAGCAACAAUUCUAUCUUUGGUUCGAUCCAACUAGCGAUUUCCACACGUAUUCGAUCCUCUGGAAUCCUAGACAUGCUGUCUUCUACGUGGACGGUAGGCCAAUUAGAGAGUUCAAGAACUUGGAAUCAAUGGGUGUGCCAUACCCAAAAACACAGGUAAUGAGGCUGUAUUCCAGUUUGUGGAACGCGGACGAUUGGGCCACGAGAGGUGGGCUUGUGAAGACGGACUGGACCCAAGCUCCUUUCACUGCUUCCGUCAAGAACUUCAAUGCUGAUGCUUGUGCUUGGUCCAAUGGAGCCUCUACUUGUGGUUCAAAUUUUUCGUCAUCGAAACCUAGUUGGUUCUCACAAGAGCUUGAUUUGUCAGGACAACAACAGUUGAAAUAUGUACAGAAGAAUUACAUGGUAUACAAUUAUUGUACGGACACUAAGCGAUUUCCACAAGGACUUCCUCGAGAAUGCACUGUUAGCAGUGGCGGAUCGAGAAUCAGAACUCACUGGGGGCACAACUAAGCAGCGGGGGUCCAGGGGCAACGGUGCUAAAUAUAUAUAUUUUUUUCGGUUACUUAUAUGGCGCGAAGAUAAUCACUAGGAAUAGUUUCAAUCAAUAAAACACUAUAGCUUUAGUUAUCAUAA